AUGGCUGCAAAUACGUCCCCAGGGGUUGUUGGAUCGCCCUCGAAGCCCAAUGUCUCUAAAAAAGGCCCGAAGAGCUCGACUGCGCAGUCCAAUCGCAAACAGACUGAUGUGUUAGAUCAGAAGGCGCUGGCGCUAGAGGAUGAAUUUAAGACGAAACAUCUCGGUGUGCUGGGAGUUUUGGGUUGGAUAAUGCUUCUACAUGUUGCAGGUAUAUACCUGUUCACAAAGGGAUUCCUUCUUACGCGCAUGGUUUUGGAGAAUAAAUCAUCAUGCGAUGUUUUACCCUUCGAAGAUGUCCUUGGUCAACCGCAGAGCGCGCUGGGAAAUCAGGAGAAGGGUUGUUGGCAUGAGAAGACUUUCGAUAAGGCUGUCGUUAUCAUUAUUGAUGCUCUUCGCUAUGAUUUCACGGUUCCCUUCGCUUCAAAGGAUGAGAGUGAAACUCCUCAUCUUUUCCAUGAUAAUAUCCCCGUGCUUUAUGAGACGGCUGUUCAGAACCCGGCUAAUGCUUUCCUUCUCCCUUUCAUUGCUGAUCCACCGACGACGACACUACAGCGUCUGAAGGGUCUAACUACUGGUACACUUCCUACCUUUAUCGACGCGGGUUCCAAUUUCGCCGGAACAGCCAUUGAUGAGGAUAAUCUCGUUGCUCAACUGCACCAUGCUGGGAAGAGCCUCGUCCAUCUAGGUGAUGAUACGUGGCAUUCGCUUUUCCCAGGGUACUUCAAUGAGAACCUUACCCAUGCCUAUGACUCGUUCAAUGUCUGGGAUCUGCACACGGUCGACAAUGGCGUCACAGAGCAUCUGUUCCCAUUGCUUAAUCGCGAGAACAGUACCAAGUGGGACGUGAUCUUUGGCCAUUAUCUCGGCGUGGACCACGCUGGUCACCGAUACGGUCCUAACCACGCGGCCAUGGCAUCCAAGCUACAAGAAAUGGACCGUGUCAUUCGCCAACUCAUCGCAGCUCUCGACGAUCAGACUCUCCUCGUCGUCAUGGGCGACCACGGCAUGGAUGCCAAGGGUGACCACGGCGGUGAGUCCGAUGACGAGGUUGAAGCUGCCUUGUGGAUGUACUCCAAGCGCGGUGUCUUCGGACGAACGAGCAAGGAUACACUUCUCCCACCCAAGUUCGCACGUGAUCGCUUCGUUCCUCAGAUCGAUCUCGUUCCCACUCUGUCCUUGCUCCUCGGAAUGCCUAUUCCAUUCAACAAUUUGGGAUCUCCAAUCGAAGAGGCUUUCUCUGGUGCUAGCGGUAACAACUGGGCCAACUUGGCUACUGUUAACCGUCUGACCUCCGCUCAGAUUAAGAGGUACCAACACCAGUAUGGUAUUGCCCGGGGUGCUGGUGACGACGAGGAGUCUAUGCUGCUUUUCUCUGCUGCCGAGGAUGAAUGGAAGUCUGCUUCUAAGAGCUUCUCGUCCAAGUCGAGUGCUGCGCGUUCUAGUAAUGAACUCUAUUGCAAGUAUCAGCGCCAUACUUUGGAUGUCUGCCGUGGCCUGUGGGCUCGCUUUGAUGUGCCGAGUAUGAUUCAGGGCGUUGUGAUUCUCUUUGCGGGAAUCAUUCUGUUGGUUAUAUACGCACGAGGUCUCAAGAUGGAUCGGACCCAGCUUACUGCUCGCUUACUUUCACUCGCGGGUGCUGGUGCUGGCGUUGGUGCCAUUUCUGGUAUCGCUUUGGGAUUGGUAGGCUUGACUGAGAUGACCGUCAUUGAUUCUGCUGUCCUUCUGGCAGCCUCUGGAAGUAUUAUUGGAGCUUUGCCGGCUAUUGUCACGAAGCCGGCGAACUUGACUGUGCCUCUUCCCAAUGGUAUGUGGGGUUGCCUCGCGUUUUUCUUCACUGUUUCUCAGUCUCUUGGAUUCGCUUCCAACUCAUACACCAUCUGGGAAGAUGAAAUUCUGCUCUUCUUUCUUACCACGUUUGGUGUAUGCGCUGGUAUCUCCUCCAUGCGCCAGAAGCAGACCACCGAUCGUGUUCUCGGCGUUUACCACUCUGUCCUCUUCGUGAUCCUUGGUCGUGUUGCAUCUUUCUCCCGCCUCUGUCGUGAAGAGCAGAUGCCCUUCUGCCGCUCGACCUAUUACGCCUCUUCAACCAGCUCCAUCUCUGCCCCUUGGCAGCUCGCUAUUCCUUUCCUGGUCACCCUCUUCCUCCCAAGUGUAGUCCGCUCCUUCUACACCGGCUCGAAGUCCUACGAAGGGGCUGCCUCACUCUGGAUCGGCUUCGCCUUCCGCCUAGGCCUCUUCAUCACCUCCCUCUUCUGGAUGCUUGAAGGCGCCGACGACGGCGAAUGGCUCCCUCUCUCCAAAGAAACUCUCAAAUCCGUGCGCGUCUUCCUCGCCCAACUUGUCAUGGCCCUAGCCUUCGCAGCCGGCACAGGUGCAUACCUCUACUCGAAGCCUUGCGUCACCAUAAGCGUAACAAAACAACCGGAAGAUCCGAAUGCCCCCCCAGCCCCCAUAAUAGCAGGUCAACAGCAAGGCCCCCGAACAACAGUGACAAUCCUCGGUUUCGGCAACGUCCACGGAACCCGCUUCUUCUUCCUAGUCAUCAACUUUGCACUCGCAACCAUCCUUAUGCAAAAACCAAUGGGCCAGGGCGCCAUCGCCCUCCUCCUCUGCCAGAUCCUCUCCCUCCUUGAAAUCCUGGACACAAACUCCCUGACCAUGUCCAACUCCUCCAUCGGCCCAAUCAUUCUCGGCGUCCUGGGCUCCUUUUACUUCUUCAAAACAGGCCACCAGGCUACUCUCAGCUCGAUCCAAUGGGAAACGGCUUUCAUUCCACUUUCCACUAUCAAAUACCCCUGGUCUCCGCUCCUCGUUGCGCUCAAUACCUUCGGUGCUCAAAUCUUAGCCGCAAUCGCCGUUCCCCUCACCGUCCUCUGGAAACGGCCUUUGCAGACCCAUGACCGUGUGCCUGCGUCUGAAACAUCCAAGAAUCCCGCUACGAGGCUUCUCUCCGAUGUCGUUCAGGCUGCUAGUACGCACAUCCUCUACCUGGCGACCAUUAAUCUCGCUACCACUAUGUGGGCUGGCCAUCUCCGCCGCCAUCUCAUGCUCUAUCGGAUCUUCAGUCCGCGGUUCAUGAUGGGAUCGGUAGUGCUGGCGGUUGUGGAUGUUGUCCUCAUGGUUGUUGCCGUCGGUGGUGUGAGAUGGAGUACGCUUAGUGUUGGUGAGGUCUUUGGUUGGUGA